GUUAAUUUUUUUCAAGGAAUAACCUUUUUUUAAUAACUAUUGUAUGUUGUCUCUAGUGCUUCAUGCUCAAGUGAAAUUUCAGUGGACGUGAGCGACGCGUUCCAACGUAUUAUGCUGAACAAGAGAUUCGGAAGCUGGAUUGAAUUAGAUAAUGCGCUAAAGGAUUUCCAUAAAGUAUGAUAGGAUAAAUCUAUGUUUUCUCAGAUGACCCAUACACACUAUGUUCACGCAGAAAGUAGAUUGUUGAAGGAUGUGAGAUAUAAAUACUUGUUCGUAGUGUUUCGUUGCACGUUUGGUCGUAAACGUAAAUCAGAAGGUCUGAAUGUGAAUAAAAAACCGUGAGGACUCUAACUAAUGUGUUACAUUUAAGGUCUAAAUUUUUAAAUUGCCAAUCGAUGUUUCGCGUAAGAUUGGAGGGUCAACAAUACGUUAUAAAAUCUUACAACAUGUCUCACAACCAUCCGUGUACUAGUUCGUGGAUGGUUUGUGAUCCGUUGAGUAGACGAUUGUCAUUAGAAGAAAAAGAAAACUUGAAACCAGUUAUAUUGCACUGUCAGUCGACGGACGAAGUUAUCGAAAGUAUUAAGGAAAGAACAGGUAAGCAGGUGACCGCUGCUGAUGUCAAAAAUAUGAAAGCUGAACUCUCCACUGGUUGGACUCGGAAGCAGGUAUUGCAGAUGAUGCGACAAAACGGUGAAGUUAGAGAGCAUGCAGAAAAUGGAUGUAUUACGGCGAUAUGCUUCAGCAUUUAUGAUCAGAUACGGCUGUACAAUCAAUAUCCCGAAGUCGUGUGUAUUGAUUCUACUUAUAAAACUAAUAAUAAAAAGUGAAUAUGAUUUUCGUUUUGUUCUACUAUGUAGAUAUUCAUUAUUCCAAUUAGUGGUGACAGACGUUUCUGGAUGCCACGUAAAACAAUGUGGGCGCGUGCCUUUUACGGCAUUGUAUUAACUUUGGGUAACAACACGAAUAAUCGUGUUGAGUGGUUGACAGCGGACAACAUUACGAAGUGGAUGUAAGUAUUUGUCAAUGUAAUUGUAGCACGUUUAAUAUGUGUCGAUAUCCGUGCCGCCAUCUCCUGCUGGCAUAUGUUAAAAGACGAAAUCUAACAGCUCAUCAACUUCUUAGGUGUUGCUGCAGAUGGCAAUUAGACAAUAGGUACAACUUACAAAUCAACACAGCAAUUUCAUUACGGAGACGGAGUAAAGAAUAUAUACAACUUCAACGGCUCCAAAGAAUGUGCAAACAACUAAUUGUUGAGAAAUAUGGUGAACGCUUCGCGAAUCACGUGGAGAGAAAAGUCUACAAUUUUUACUUAAGAAUUAUAAACAGCUAGACAGCAGGUUUACGAUUAACAGUUCUUUGUGGCUUUAUUUUAUACCACUAUUUAUACAACUUGUAAACUUAUCUUUCCACUUUAGUAGUCA